AGCAGAAAUCUUGAUUCACGUCUACGCUAAUUAAUGCUUCAAGUGUUAGUGGCUAAUUGAGCCAGCCGAUGAAGGUAGCGGCAAACGUUUUACAUGAUUAUUUGCUAGUGUCUUUUGCCUGUCUGUAGGUAUCACCCCGGUUCACUACAUACUAGGUUGUGCGAUUAAUUACUAAUUUAAAGCGACGUAAUAAACAACUUAAUUAAUUAAAACGAUUUCGUUUCCGUUGCGUCUUCUUUUUGACUAAUGAAACGAAAUUUAGAUUUGUUGCAUCUGUAUCUAUCCACAGGAUAUUAAUGGAAAUCUGUGUAACAGCAUAUAUAAACAUAUUUCUGGAUACUUGUUAAAAAACAAACAGAUAUACAAUUACAUGAAAUAGUUGUGUAAGACGUUAACAUGGGAAGUGUUUUUUCUUAAUAUGAGGUCGGAAUUUAGAAUUAUAUAAAAUAUUUCAGGGCACUUGGAAUGUUUUAAUAUUGCUGUAAAUGGUGUACACAACGUUAAUUAGUCGGUCAAGCUACGUAACGUUAGCUCUGAGCGUUGACAGGUCGGCCGUGCGUCCUCUGUGUCCACUGCUCUGCCCUUUUCACACUCUUCAGUCAGACGGGACGGAUUGCAGUGAAACAGAAAGAAAGGCAAGAAGAGAUCAGGGCGAUGACAACACUACAAGACACAGAGGAUGCCAGUGAAACAGAUCUUGCCAAGCAUGAUGAGGAUGACUAUGUGGAAAUCAAGGAGCAAAUGUAUCAAGACAAACUGGCCUCCCUAAAAAGACAGCUGCAGCAGUUGCAAGAAGGUACAUUGCAGGAGUAUCAGAAGAGAAUGAAGAAGUUGGACCAGCAGUACAAAGAGAGACUUCGAAAUGCAGAUUUGUUUCUCCAGCUUGAGACAGAUCAGGUGGAGAGGAAUUAUAUCAAAGAGAAGAAGGCAGCUGUGAAGGAGUUUGACGAUAAAAAGGUGGAACUGAAGGAAAACUUAAUCGCAGAGCUGGAGGAAAAGAAGAAAAUGAUUGAGAACGAGAAAGUUUCGAUGGAGCUGACAGGAGACUCGAUGGACGUAAAACCGAUCAUGACGAGGAAGCUAAGGAGACGGCCCAAUGAUCCAGUCCCAAUACCAGACAAGCGGAGGAAACCUGCACCAGCUCAGCUUAAUUAUUUGUUAACAGAUGAGCAAAUAAUGGAAGAUUUAAGAACACUUAAUAAGCUUAAAUCACCAAAACGGCCAGUGUCACCCUCAUCUCCAGAGCACAUCCCCUCUGCCCCCAUGGAAAACCCAUCCCAGCGCUAUGAAGCCCGUAUUGAGGAGGGGAAACUUUACUACGAUAAAAGAUGGUAUCACAAGAGCCAAGCAAUCUACCUGGAGUCAAAGGACAACACGAAGAUUAGCUGUGUCAUCAGUUCAGUGGGGACCAAUGAGAUCUGGGUGAGGAAGACGAGCGAUAGUACAAAGAUGAGGAUCUAUCUGGGACAGCUGCAGAGAGGAACAUUUGUCAUCCGUCGACGGUCGGCUGCGUGAAAUAUUUCCCCGCAGCUCCAAACCCAGCCCCAUCUGUUCGUUUAUUUACCCAUCCAUCCACUCACUCAUUCAUCCAGUGUUUCCGUGCUCGGUCCUUCUCAAUUGAGUUUAACAUGCAGCUUCUUAUUUAUAUCUCAUAUACACCCCCCUUCUCUUUUUUUGUUCCUCUGCUCUCAUUUUCCCAUAUUAGAAAUAUUCAUAAACAGACCUGACAGUUUUCCAGGAUUUGUCACUAUGUGGCAUGUGUGUCUCUUUUCUACACAAAGCAGUUUUAUUUACAUUUUUUAUUAUUAUUUAGUUGUUUUUCUCAAGCUGACCCACAAAAUCUCACUUUUUUUUUUUUUUUUAAUAAAGCACAGGAAACCAGAACUGUAUCAUGAAUCAUUCAGCUGAAGAAGUGACAGUUUUUUUGUACAGAGUCCUUUUCAGAAGUGAAGAAAUGGAGUUUUCCUUCUUAUUCAGGUGGUUUGGGUACAAAGUUCCUGUUACAGUGUUGUGUACAUUAAAAAAAAAACUUCUUUAAAUUUCAGGGCUCUCUUUUCUCCCCUCUGUCACUUCUCCCUUUCCAUACGAGAACAGUAAGGACAAAUUCAACUGUAUUUUCAUGUGACGCACUGAGAUUAAAUAGUUUUUUGUCA